CCCCUCUUCUCCCCCGGCCAUGAACGGGACCUUGAUCCCCCACACCCCCAUCGCCGUGGACUUCUGGAGCCUGCGGAGGGCCGGCCCGGCCCGCCUCUUCUUCCUGUCCCACAUGCACUCUGACCACACCGUGGGUCUGUCCAGCACGUGGACCCGGCCCCUCUACUGCUCCCCCCUGACCGGCCGCCUCCUGCACCACAGCCUGCAGGUGGCGGAACGGUGGAUCCGGACCCUCGAGGUUGGGGAGAGCCACGUACUGCCUCUGGAUGAGAUGGGGCAGGAAACCAUGACCGUGACCCUCAUCGAUGCCAACCACUGUCCUGGCUCUGUCAUGUUCCUCUUUGAGGGAUAUUUUGGAACCAUCCUCUACACCGGUGACUUCCGCUACGCCCCGGCCAUGCUAAGGGAGCCUGUCCUUAGCCACGGGAAGCAGAUUCACACCCUGUACCUCGACAACACCAACUGCAACCCGGCGCAUCCCCUACCCUCCCGGGAGGAAGCCACCCGCCAGAUCGCCGCGCUUAUCCGACGACAUCCCCAACACGAUGUCAAGAUAGGUCUCUACAGCCUGGGGAAAGAGACCCUCCUGGAAGAGCUGGCACUGGAGUUCGGCACGUGGGUGGUCCUCAGUCCUCAGCGACUGGAGCUGGUGCGGCUGCUGGACCUGGCGGACGUGUUCACGGUGGAGGAGGGGGCGGGCCGGAUCCACGCCGUCAACCACGCCGAGAUCUGCCGGGCUACCAUGUUGCGUUGGAACAGCGACCGCCCAACCAUCGCCAUCCUCCCGACCAGCCGCUGGGUCCAGACCGCCCACCCGGACAUCCACGUCGUCCCCUACUCUGACCACUCUUCCUUCUCUGAGCUGUGGGACUUCGUGGUGGCGCUCAGGCCCUGCAGCGUGGUGCCCAUUGUGAAGGGACAGCCCUGCCAGACUUACUUCCGGGAGUGCCUGAGCCCGGGUUUGCCCAGUCCCCAGAUUCCGGUGACCGUGCAGCGCUACAUGAGGGUCCGCAGACCCCAGCGAGGACAGAACGUCCUCAGGUUGCGCAAGAGGACUCCCCAGCGGGUGGCAGCACAGGGGGUGGUGUUCGAAUCCCCCGAGAAGAAGGCCGACCCGUCUCUAGAAAGUAAGGAGCCUCAGGGCUCCCAGGCCUGGGAGGACCUUCCACCGUGGCCUGGGGACAGUCCAGAACAAGCCCGGCUUCCUGCUUCUCCGACCAAAGGCCAGCCCUCCGAGCGGCUCUGGCCCAACCCGGAUACCAGCGGCACAGGCUGGGACGGAGAGGAACGGUCAACGCUUGUCUGCCGGCGGGCAGUGCCGGCUACGCAGGCCGCCUCCUUGGCGUUUCCGCUAAAAUCGCCCACUCUGGACAGAGGUGACCCCUUGGGCGGUUGGGACCGUUCAGAACUCCGGGAGGGAGCCCUCCUCGUGCCCAGGUGGAGAGGCAAGAACAGCUCUAUGACCCACGGGCCUGAGGACGGUGAGCGGAGUGGAAAACUUCUGCUGGCAGGGACGAGCGGCAGUCUCGGUCGCCGAAAACUCCUGCUCGCCAUCCCCCCGAGGCUGGCUCUAAAGUACCUCCUAACCCCCUUGAGCCUCCUGAACCGGAAGAACUCUGUGGAGAGCUUUGACCGGCAGGUGGAGAAAUCCCUCAGGAGGGUGAGGCGGGUGGGGCUGUCUGCUUCAGAUAGGCUCCUUGAUGAUCGGUAAUAAAAUAGAUUUCCUUGUG